UUCCCAUCUUGACAAACUCCUGACAAACGUCCGCCUCGCCCGUACGGCCUCCUUCACGCACCAAUCACAAAUCCCGGAACCCGACAAAAGCGUCAUGAAGCCUUAUUCGGGCUUGGCGCGAUGUGGGGCAACAGGUCAAACAGCACGCGGGUGUCCCGCUCAAAGUGGGCUGUCGCAGCUCCGAGAUGUGCUGCCGCGCCUGCUAGUACGGCGGAGAAGCUUAUGGCGUGCCAAAUGUAUAUCACGGGCUCGACCUGGGUGGCUGCUCUUGAAGUAGACGUCGACACAUCGACUGUUGUAUUUGCUCUGUCGUGCUGCUUGAUAGUUGCUGCAGGCUGGAUCUUUGGAUCUUGACACACGUUGUUGCAACGAGGACUGAACAGCAAGCAUGGCAGUCACCGAGGCUCUGGAAUCGAACUGCGAUGUGUAUG